CAAUAUGUCCAGAACCUGAAGUCAAAUCUAGAAAAGAGCUACAAAAUUGCCAUUGGCAAUGCGGAGAAGCUCAUGGAAAGAAACAAGAGCCGUUUCGACCAACAUAUCACCCCCUCUGAACUGGACGUUGGUGACAGGGUGCUGGUACGUAAUGUGAAACUCCGAGGCAAACACAAAAUUGCAGACAAAUGGGAACCAGACAUCUAUGUGGUGGUAAAAAGAGCAGAAAAUCUUCCAGUGUACACUGUCCGACCAGAGAACAAAUCCAAACCGAUUCGUACUCUACACAGAGAUCUCCUAUUACCAUGUGGAUUUUUGCCGCAUUCCACUAGAACCAACCGAACAACUGUAAAACCAACCGGGAAGCAGUCAUUCAACCUUUCUGAUGAGGACUGUGCACAACCUCAGUCAGACGAUGAGGAUGAAAUGAUACCGCAUCAAUGGUAUGAUCCUGUCUCAGAGCCUCUGCGAUUCACCACUGUCCAUAAUCUGCCAGAACCGUCAUCCGCCGUUCCAGCCACUGAACCUUUACCAUCUGAUACACCAGUCUGUGAACCUGCUACGCUCCCUUUGCCUUCUCUUGAGCCAGCAGAGAGCGACACCCCUGACUCAGAAACCCCUGUCAAGGAGGAAGCUCCUGAUACUGUGGAAUCAGAGGACAGUCUGUCCUCUGCUGAACCUACCAAUGUUGAAUCGCCGACUGAGUCCAGUAUGUCCUCUGCUGCUGAUCUACCAUCUAACUCUGACACCUCCAGCUCUGAACUAGAACCUCUGAGAACAUCAACUCGGACCAGGAAACCUCCAGACCGGUUACAAUACUCUACGCUUGGUCAGCCCAUCUUGAAGAGUAUUCAGGCACUAGUCCAUGGCUUAACCACUGCCUUUACUCAUGCACUGGAGGAUGAAGAGGACCAUCUGCUUACUGCCACUGAACAACCUGUCAUCCGGACCCAACCACCAUGUACAGGGACGUACAUGAGAUCGAGGGGGGAACCUGUAACCCAUAUCAACUACUCCCUGUCACAUGACCCACGUCAGCUGAUUUGAGGUCCCUCUUCUGAUUGGCUCCUUUCACGUCGCGGCAACUCUGAAAACCGGCUGUGGAGGGAUACUUCCGGGUUCGACUCCUGCUGUGGCUGUGAGCUUAUGGCAUUUAGAGCGGUAUUGGAAAACAAAGCGUUUUCUCUCCUCAAUUCAUCUUUAAACUUUAAACUCAGCGGUCAGGUUUUUUUUCCCCUUUGAAUUGAUCUUCUUCAUAUUGAAGUGGCGAGCCGGUAGGACCAUUCUUUGUUUUCCCCUCUUUUCCCCCACUUAGCCGUCUUUGGAUUACGGACAUAUUUCCCCCUUGUAUGAAGCUGGACCCUAAGGAGGAAUACCUUAAAAGUGAACUUUAAAAA